AUGGAAAUUAUGACCGUGCAACAGAUGCUGCAGUACAAAGAAAAAGUUGCCGAAGUCAAUGCCAAUUACGCAAAGAGUGAGCAGUGUAAAAAUGAGAUCGAGAGGAUCAAAGAGGAGCAAGAGCUGCAAUUGCGAAAUGCGGAAGCACUGAGAAGAAGCUAUGAACUGCUGCAAGAGAACGAUUACAAUAUUAUCAAACUGCAGAAGAGUUUGCAGGCCAAUCAGCUGAAUCUGCUGAAUAGCCAAGCGCAACUCCAGGAUGCGCAUCUUCAGAUCCAGAAAAGAGAUGAGCGGAUCCGGAAACUGGAGGACAAAUUAAAUGGCAUGCAAAGAGAGAUACAAGAUUUGUUUGCGGCCACAUUCAAAAUACCUGAUUUGGAUGAAGAAACUGGGGGGAGCCGUGAACAGCUACCAGCUUCUGCUAAUGCUACUCCUGGCACAGAGCAGUAUAAAACGCCGCAGCUGGAAGAACCUAAAGCAAAACAGCCUCGUGUUCGAGAUAUCGAAGACGAAGACAUGAACGCGGAC